AAUCAGCAAUUCGUGUCCGGUUUUGGGAGGACAGCUCAAUCAUUGUUUUCUUUAAACUGUAAAAUUGAUUACAAUCCAGAAGGAAUUGUCUGGCUUUGAGAGGGGCGUCUCAAAACUCGAGGAAAUCCCCUUUCAGUCAUCCAGCAUUUAAACCCUCUGCAGGUCGAUCCCUCAUUCAGCUCAACUGUACAGCACAUCAAAGAGAACAACUUCCAGCCCCUGAGAUGAAUCUCAGCAAAGCGGCACUGCUCACCUUGGUUAGUGUCAUUGUUAUUUAUAUAAGUACAGAGAAAUGCAAGGCAUCUGUACCUACCUUUCAACACGAAGGUCUAACCUGCAGUCGCUGCCCUCCAGGACAACAUAUGACACUGCAUUGUACAAAAGACCAUGAUACUGUGUGUGCACCCUGUUCAGCUAAUCAUUAUACUCAGUUUUGGAAUUACUUGAAAAAAUGUCAAUACUGUAACAAUUUUUGCAAAGAAAAUCAAAAUGUUAAGCAUGAAUGCAAUGCAACUCACAACAGAGUGUGUGAGUGCAAAGAUGGCUACUUCUGGGAAUAUGAAUUCUGUAUGAAGCAGAAAGCAUGCCCUCCUGGAUAUGGAGUUAAAACAGCAGGCACUCCAUACAGCAAUACAGUUUGUGGGAAAUGUGCACAGGGUUUCUUUUCAUCAGUGACUUCUGCCGUUGCACAAUGUAAGAGGCACACAAACUGCACCGAACUGGGCUUAAAGCUGGAUAUCCCUGGUACUGCCUGGCAUGACAAUUUGUGUAGCCCCUGUCAGCCCCAUGGCUCAGAAGAGGAUAGUACAGAGUGUGAAAAGGCGCUCUUUAACUUCGUGGCACGUCAAAAUGUUGGCCAACGGAAAGUGUUCAGUCUUGGGAAAGCUCUCCUCAAUAAAACGAGAAAAAGCAUGCUUCAAACAUGGAAUGACAAGGAGGAGCAGCAACAAGUCGUGCUUCUCCUUCUCGAAUGGAAGAUGCAACAGAGUGCAAGUGUAACUGCAGAAGCUUUAAUGAAAAUUCUGAGGGCUGCCAAACUUAAUAAGGUUGUAAAAAAAUUGUCAAGAAAGUUCCUCAGACAAAAGUUCAAUGCGGUGCAGGAAAAUUGUGCUGUCUAAACAAAUUAAUGGGCAGCAAUGCGUUGGAGGAUGCAUUUAGCACUUAUCGAUCUAAUCGUUUUAUAAGUAAACAGAUCUAGUUUAAAACAAAAUCACGUUGCUGCCAUUCUCUCACAACACUUAGUCGAUACAUUGUCUUGUGUAUUUGUAUAUUUAAUUUUCAUUGUGAAUUUCAUGAUUGUUCCCAUUGCUUUCUUCAUGCUCAUAACUAAGGCUAUCAGAAUCUACACAUUUUUGUCCUGUAGCAUAAACUAUCAUUUGAAAUUUGGCAUUCUUGUUGUAAAAUGUCCCUUAGCAACUGCUAAGCCUUUGUAACCACAAUUGUACAAGAACUUAACAAAAAUUCCACUUUAGUGAUAUUGAAGCGGUCAGUUCUUGUAAUUUUGAUCAAAAUAUAUCAAUUUAGUUUUGUAUUUUUAUGGGAUACACUUGCAAAUUGGCUCUUCACCAUCUAUGAUUGAAUUUUUAGCCCCCAGAGAUGGCAGGAAAUGGGAAUUAAUUGGGUGAGUUUGCCUGAGAAAGAAAGAGAACCCUUUCUCAUCAACUUGAGAAUUAAAUGCUGAAGAAGAUAGACUCAAGACUUUCAACUCACCAGCAAUUAAGGCCCUAAAGUGGUCAAUCAACAGUGGUAAGAAAACCAGAGUGACCUGCCCCCUAAGUUUGGUUUUCAACUGCUCCAAUUUGGGGGCAAUCAGAAGCAAGGAUGGUCAACAAUAGGAUGGCCUCUGAAACCCACACUCUGCACCUUGAUUCCCAAAACCCCCAUCCUAUGAGAAGAGAAAAAGAGGUCCACCUUCUCGCCACUGGAUGCCCCGUAGAGUAGACCUUGACUGGAGAUCAUUAAGACCCAGAAGCUGCUGGCCGCUACUUUCUGACACGCCAGUUUUGGAGUGCCUGAUAGGAAGUGCAUAGUCAAGUUUCCUGCCCUUAUCAACCUUUAAUGAGAUGAUGAGUGCAUAAGGCAAUGAAUUAUCUUGUCUGUGGUGGUGGCAUGUUAGUCACCAAAUAACACACUCACCACUAUAGUGCAAAUAAAAAUGAGAAAAUCUCAGCUCUAAAUAUUAUUAGA